CGCGCAUGCGCCGGCUCCGUCGCCAUAGCAACCCGCUGGCCCCGGGCUCCCGGGGGCGGGGCCGCCUGUACGUUAGUGGGUCACGCGCAUCCCUCUUCUUUAGCAAGAUGGCGGCCGGGCCCUCCGCCUCGUACCCAGCAUAGGCUCCGCUGUGGGCCUACUAGAGCAAAAGCUGGCAGGCUGACAAACGGGCAGCUUACAGGACGGACUCUCUGGCUACUGACCAUUUAGCUGUGGCAUACCCGGAUUGUGUGUGGGUGGGAAGUCGACAAUGAGCUCCGUGGCAGUUUUGACCCAGGAGAGCUUCGCUGAACACCGCAGCGGCCUGGCUCAGCAGCAGGUGAAAGUUACAGCUUUAAACUCUGAAGAAGAGAAUGAUCCUCCAACCUACAAGGAAGCCUUCCCUCCGCUCCCUGAGAAAGCACCAUGUCUGGAAGCUGCCCAGGAACCUGCUGGGCCCUGGUGCAAAAUCCGACCAAUAAAGGCUUCUGUCAUCACUCAGGUGUUUCAUGUGCCACUGGAGGAGAGGAAAUACAAGGACAUGAAUCAAUUUGGAGAAGGCGAGCAGGCCAAGAUCUGCCUUGACAUCAUGCAGAAGACUGGAGCUCACCUGGAGCUGUCUCUUGCCAAGGACCAGGGCCUUUCAAUCAUGGUCUCUGGCAAGCUGGAAGCAGUCAUGAAGGCUCGGAAGGAGAUUGUUGCUCGGCUGCAGACUCAGGCUUCAGCGACAGUUGCCAUCCCCAAGGAGCACCACAGAUUUGUCAUUGGAAAGAAUGGUGAGAAGCUGCAGGACCUGGAGCUCAAAACUGCAACAAAAAUCCAGAUCCCCCGCCCAGAUGACCCCAGCAACCAGAUCAAGAUCACCGGCACUAAGGAAGGAAUUGAGAAGGCCCGACACGAGAUCCUGCUUAUCUCUGCUGAGCAGGAUAAGCGUGCCGUGGAGCGGCUGGACGUGGAGAAGGUCUAUCACCCCUUCAUUGCUGGCCCCUACAACAAGCUGGUGAGUGAGCUCAUGCAGGACACAGGGACACGCAUCAACAUCCCUCCACCCAGCGUCAACAAGACAGAGAUAGUCUUCACAGGAGAAAAGGAGCAGCUAGCCCAGGCCGUGGCUCGUGUUAAGAAGAUCUAUGAGGAGAAGAAAAAGAAGACUACUACCAUUGCAGUGGAGGUGAAGAAGUCCCAGCACAAGUAUGUCAUCGGUCCCAAGGGGAAUUCCCUGCAGGAGAUCUUGGAGAAAACUGGAGUCUCUGUCGAGAUCCCACCCACUGACAGUAGCUCGGAGACGGUGAUACUGCGAGGCGAGCCUGAAAAGCUUGGGCAAGCACUGACUGAAGUCUAUGCAAAGGCCAACAGUUUUACCGUCUCCUCGGUCUCUGCCCCCUCUUGGCUUCAUCGUUUCAUUAUUGGAAAGAAAGGACAAAACCUGGCCAAAAUAACUCAGCAGAUGCCAAAGGUUCACAUCGAAUUCACUGAAGGAGAGGAUAAAAUCACUUUGGAAGGACCUACAGAAGAUGUGAAUGUGGCUCAGGAACAGAUUGAAGUCAUGGUCAAGGAUCUGAUCAACCGGAUGGAUUAUGCAGAAAUCAAUGUUGACCACAAAUUCCACAGACACCUCAUUGGCAAGAAUGGAGCUAACAUUAACAGGAUAAAGGACCUCUACAAGGUGUCUGUGCGCAUUCCCCCGGACAAUGAGAAGAGCAACCUGAUCAGAAUUGAAGGAGACCCACAGGGGGUCCAACAGGCCAAGAAAGAGCUGCUGGAACUCGCUUCCCGUAUGGAAAAUGAACGCACCAAGGACCUAAUCAUUGAGCAGAAAUUCCACCGGACCAUCAUUGGGCAGAAGGGCGAGCGGAUCCGGGAAAUCCGGGAGAAAUUCCCAGAGGUUAUCAUCAACUUCCCAGACCCUGCACACAAAAGCGACAUCGUCCAACUUAGAGGUCCCAAAAAUGAGGUGGAAAAGUGCACCAAGUACAUGCAAAAGAUGGUGGCAGACCUGGUUGAAAACAGCUUUUCUAUUUCUGUCCCCAUCUUCAAACAAUUCCACAAGAACAUCAUAGGGAAAGGAGGUGCCAACAUCAAGAAGAUCCGUGAAGAAAGCAACACCAAAAUUGAUCUCCCAGCAGAGAACAGCAACUCAGAGACAAUUGUUAUCACAGGCAAGAAAGCAAACUGUGAAGCUGCUCGUCACAGAAUUCUUGCCAUCCAGAAAGAGCUAGCCAACAUCACAGAGGUGGAGGUCUCUAUUCCUUCCAAACUGCAUAAUUCCCUCAUUGGAGCCAAAGGCCGCUUCAUCCGCUCCAUCAUGGAGGAGUGUGGUGGAGUCCACAUCCACUUCCCCACUGAGGGCUCUGGCAGUGACACCGUGACCAUCAGGGGCCCAGCCCAGGAUGUGGAGAAAGCCAAGAAACAGCUGCUGCACCUGGCAGAGGAGAAGCAAACCAAGAGUUACACCGUGGACCUCCGUGCAAAGCCAGAGUACCACAAAUUCCUUAUUGGCAAGGGUGGGGGCAACAUCCGUAAGGUCCGUGACAAUACUGGGGCCCGCAUCAUCUUCCCAACUUCAGAUGACAAAGAUCAGGAGCUGAUUACCAUCAUGGGAACUGAGGAGGCUGUGAAAGAAGCUCAGAAGGAGUUGGAGGCUCUCAUCAAGAACCUGGAUAACGUGGUUGAAGACUCGAUGGUGGUUGACCCCAAGCACCACCGCCACUUUGUCAUCCGGAGAGGGCAGGUUCUGCGUGAGAUUGCAGAUGAGUAUGGUGGGGUGAUGGUCAGCUUCCCACGCUCUGGCACCCAGAGUGACAAAGUCACCCUCAAGGGAGCCAAGGACUGUGUGGAGGCAGCCAAGAAACGCAUCCAGGAGAUCAUUGAGGACCUGGAAGCUCAAGUGACAAUCGAAUGCACCAUCCCACAGAAGUUCCACCGCUCCAUUAUGGGCCCAAAAGGAUCCCGGAUCCAGCAGAUCACCCGGGACUAUGGUGUCCAGAUCAAAUUCCCUGACAGGGAGGAGAACUCAGCCCCUGUUGCAGAGCCAGUUGUGCAGGAGAAUGGUGAGGAAGGUGGGGAAGGCAAGGAUGGGAAGGAUGCAGAUCCUAGCUCCCCAAAGAAGUGUGAUAUCAUCAUCAUCUCUGGACGCAGGGAGAAGUGUGAGGCAGCAAAGGAGGCUCUGCAGGCUCUGGUUCCUGUCACCAUUGAGGUGGAAGUUCCCUUUGAUCUUCAUCGUUACAUUAUUGGCCAGAAAGGAAGCGGGAUCCGCAAAAUGAUGGAUGAAUUUGAAGUGAACAUCCAGGUCCCUGCUCCAGAGCUGCAGUCAGAUAUCAUCACCAUUACUGGGCUUGCUACCAACCUGGACCGUGCCAAGGCCGGGCUGCUGGAACGAGUGAAGGAGCUGCAAGCUGAGCAAGAGGAUCGGGCCUUGCGAAGCUUCAAGCUGACAGUGACUGUGGAUCCCAAGUAUCACCCCAAAAUCAUUGGGAGGAAGGGAGCAGUGAUCACCCAGAUCCGCACAGAGCAUGAGGUCAACAUCCAGUUCCCUGACAAGGACGAUGAAAGCCAGGCCCAAGACCAUAUCACCAUCACUGGCUAUGAGAAGAACGCUGAGGCUGCCCGAGAUGCCAUCAUGAAGAUCGUUGGUGAGCUGGAGCAGAUGGUCUCUGAGGAUGUGACUCUGGACCAUCGUGUUCACGCUCGCAUCAUUGGUGCCCGUGGUAAAGCCAUCCGCAAAAUCAUGGAUGAGUUCAAGGUGGAUAUUCGCUUUCCCCAGAGUGGAGCUCCUGACCCCAACUGUGUGACUGUGACAGGACUCCCUGAGAAUGUGGAAGAAGCUAUUGAUCACAUCCUGAACUUGGAGGAGGAAUAUCUUGCAGAUGUGGUGGACAAUGAGGCAAUGCAGGUGUAUAUGAAGCCCUCUUCACAUGAAGAGUCCAAGGCUCCAUCCAAGGGCUUUGUGGUGAGAGAUGCCCCCUGGGCCACUGUCAACAACGAAAAGGCCCCUGAUAUGAGCAGUUCUGAAGACUUCCCCAGCUUUGGGGCUCAAGUGGCCCCCAAGACUCUUCCCUGGGGACCCAAACGAUAAUGACCUGGAAGCAGAAACUCCUCCAGCCCGCUGACCUGACACUAACCUGCCACAAAUACUUCCUGUCUGAAAUCUGACCCAGCGGCUGGAGCACAAGUCAAUUGCCCCAAGAGGUCUCCUAAUGGUGUCUGGAGUGCUAGACCCCAUCCUGCUCCCCUCAGCUAUCACCGUGGCUAAGACCCACCCUCAUCUCUUGAUGGAUAUUCUUUCCUCCUUUGGAAACAAGACUUCCACUCAGAUUCAAACACUAAAUGUGUGUGUUUUUGUUAGAAACUUCAUAAUUGACUCAAAGUGGCUAAGAUUUGCAGCUUCCCAAGCGCUAGCAGAGCAAUCUGCUCUCUUGAGCAUGUCUUACUAGGCAUUCUCGCCUUCAUUAGGAGACCUCCUUUACUGUGGCUAGGAAUCUACUUCCUGUCUCAUGACCUCAGGAAAUAAAUUUCCUUGACUUUCUAAAGCCAAAA